AUGGCGACUUCCUGGACGGACAACGACCUGUUUGCCACCAAUGAAUUCCGACGGAUGUUGCCCGGCUACCUCUUCCUCGUCCCACUGCUCACCCAAACCUUCCUGAUGAACCCAUGCUACGAAAAAUCACCGAACGCCAAGCUGGCUCGUCUGGCGCUCAUGCCAAUCACCAUCUAUCUCACCCUCACUCGGGUCUCUCUCCGGCUAUUCUACCCUCUCAACGUCUUCUUCCAUUGGAACUUCUCCUCCGUCUCCUUCCCCACAUUCCAUGCCGUCUGUCUGGCUAUCCAAUACGGCCUUUUCCAAGGCCCAGUCUUCGCGUCCAAAGAAGAGAUGAUCAAAGCGGGAAACUACCGAGGCGACCCCGAUGAUGAAAAGAGCGGGAAAAACAAACCAGACUUCCAGCCCAACAUGAACCCAUCCUUCCUAGAGCGAGUCAAGUUCACGAUUUGGAUACUCUUUAGCCCUCGAGGACUCGAGACUUCCUGGGCACCCAGUCUGGAGGUUGUGCCACGAGGGCCCAAGAUGGGCAUCGGCCUGUUUUUCUUCUACAUCCUAGCCAAAACCAUCGUCUGUCAUAUCAUGAUGACCACGCUCUGGAUGAUCGGUGUCGAAUGCGCCCAGCACCCGAACGGCGCGUACGGCGUCCUCGCCGAUUGGAUGCCUUGGCUCCCUCAUCUCCAAGUCCUCAAAAAGUAUCCCCAACUUGAUUAUCUUUCGCCAGCCCCCUUUGGCGGCGCAGCAUGGUUUGCUAUUGAUACCCUGGGUGGCAUCUUGACUCUUCUGGAAGUGAUUUUGUACCUUGUCGGGCCAUACAUCCUUCCCAAAGAUCUUGCCCCGGGCAAGUUUGAUUCGACGCUCUACCCGCCCUUAUUCAACGACUUACACAUGCGCGAGAGUCUCAUCGCAUUCUGGUCAAGAGGCUGGCAUGCGAUCUUUAGAAGGAACAUCAUCUUCUGUGGUUGGAACCCGAUGGAAUAUCUCUUCUCGGGCUUUGGGAAAGAUACGGCUAAGACCGCCGGCAUGAUGGGCGGGAUGAUCUUCAGUGGGAUUUUCCACGAGUACCUCAUCGCGGCCGUCUCUGAGAUAGACUGGAAGUUCCCGACGGUCCUGAUGUUUACACUGUGCGGUGCAGGCAUGGUUGCCGAAGUCCAAUUCAAAAGACGCACCGGUCGGCUCGUGAAAGGCCUGCUUGGACGGUGGUGGCUAGUGCUUGUUAUUGGAGCGUAUGGGAAACACAUGGUCGAAUCCUGGAUGGCAAGAGGCUUGGGCAGAAGUGAUAUGCCUCCGCCCAGGCUGUGGACAUGGCCCCGAUUCCUGGUCCCUUUCUCGGGCUUACUCCCUGAAAGAUGGAUCGCUCGGAUAGCCGCUUUGGCACCUUAA